UUUGUUUGAACACUUUGAAUAAAAGUUAAUAUAAAUUUUCCAGUGGUAGCAGUUCAGGAUUUCAUAUUUAUAUAUUUGAUUAUGUAUUAUAUUUUAUGGCAGGCCAAGAAACUUUUCAACCUCUCAAAUAGUUUUAUUCUUUGAAAAUUCCUUCACAUGUUUCUCAUACUGAGACUAUGUAUUUUCAGCUGAGUGAUCAAUCCAUGGUUUUGGCUGAAACCAAAGAAAUUAAGAGUCUUAUUCUGUGUCCACUCUAGAUAUGCAAACUGAGCUUUUCCACACACAGAAAAAUUGUGCUAGUGUUUUAGCUUGCACCCCUUAAAGAUGGUAUCAACCUCUAUCACAAGAACUCAAAUCAAGUGGCAGAAGCUUGAGGAAACGAAGCAGCAAAGAUCAAUGACAAGGCCACGUGAGCAUGCUACUGCUUCUUCUAGCUCCCAAGAACAAGGUUUUACGAAUGUUGAGGAAGAUGGUAGUGAAGGUGUUUGUUCAAGUGGCUGUGCUACACCAAAGGCUAAAAGGUUCAGAAUACCAGAGGUGUUAACAUGCCCACCUGCUCCAAAGAAGAGAAGGUCACUGCUUGAAGCUUCAAUCUAGUUCCAAGAAAGUAUGAAGUUCAGUUCAGUUGCUGACUGUCAAAAUAGCUGAUCCUUGGAAGAGACAAAGUUUGAGACUGUUUUGCAGUGUGCACUUACGUACUCUGAUUGUUCUUACUUAGGCAUGACUUUUUGUAUUUACGUACCUUUUUCUGGUUUUGGCUUUAGUUUUUCUGGCUAGUGUGUGGUGCAACAAAUCAAAAUUUCUAAGACUUGAAGCUCUUUCUGUGUGAAAUUGAUUUAUCAGUUAUCUAAAUUUGUCUCUACCUUUCCAAGGGUAUGGAAUUCCUGAAGGGCAUUCAGUUUGAAUUUGUAUCACAUAAACCAUUUGAUGGAGAAUUUGAUUGUCUUUGGCUUCAUCAGUGAAAUUUGUAUUAUUAUAAUGAGUAGACUGAU